UCUUAAUUUUGAGCAGUUUUUGCAUAAUCGUGUGGCAGCCAAGGAAGGGGAAGACCAAGAAUUUAAAACUUAACAAAGACUUAUUUUUUUUUAGCCUUUCGAGUUAAGAAGCCAUCACAAGUGGGAAGAUUUAGGAGCUCCAAUAUGCAGAACUUCCACAUGCAGACUCAAGAACAAAGAAUUCCAUCUACAAGCAUUAUCCAGAGACAAGAACCAAGCAUCAAGAUAGAAGCAACAGUGGCGGGACGAUUCCUAAGGAAGCUUUUUCAAAUUGUUUUCUACAUUCAGUUGUUCCUAGUUUCCAUCUUGGUAAUCGCCUUAACCAUCCGUGGACUCAUCAAUGCCAGCAACACCCAUCGUUUCCACCCCAAGAAAUGGUACCCUCCGCUUCUUGUUUCAACUGCUUCUGGUGGAAUUGUUUCUUUCGUAUGGCAAUGGAUCUCUUAUCACUAUCCAUCAAAAGCCGUCAAAGUUGCCUUCUGGGUUAGUCCCUUGCUUACAUGUGCAGUUGGUGUGCUCCAUGUAUUAAUUGGUUCUCCAGUAAGUUUAGCAGCAGGUACAAUUGCAGUAGUUUCCGGCGUGAUCCAAUCCCUCUAUGCCUGUUGGGUCAAUCCCCGAUUUGCAUAUGCAGCCAAGAUCCUCGAAGUUUCCACAUCUUUUCCUCCUGAUGGAACUACUACAUUUGUCAGCCUAUCCCUCAUAAUCUGUGUAAUCUACUCCGCUUUCUUGGUGACCGGAAUUGGGGGAGCGACCGCGACAGGAACUGGCCUAGACAUCCUGUUCAUCAUAUUUAUCUUGCUUAGCUUCACAUGGAGCAUGCAAGUGAUCAAGAACCUGCUGUAUGUUACAAUCUCACGCGUCAGAUACAUGAAUUUUGCUUGUGGGGUCGACAUGAACACACAGAUUGCUUUCCGCGACACAAUCAAGCAUUUGGUAGGAAGUGUAUGCAUAGGCUCAGCCCUUGUUCCUGUUUUUGGAACCAUUCGGGGUUCAGCCAGAGCUAUGAACUUGGUAGCAGGGGACACAGACGAGUUCUUGUUCUCAUGUGCUAAUUGUUACUCAGGAGUUGCUUCAACUCUCAUAAAACAUGGGAAUCGCUGGGGUUUUGUUCAUGUAGGGGUAUAUAAUAAAGGUUUUGUGCAGGCAUCAGCUGAUACGUGGGAAAUGUUCAAAAGGGCAGAACUGAUAGCAUUGAUUGAUUCUGACCUCACAGGGGUGUUCUGUUUUCUCUCUGGGCUUGCGGUCGGUUCAAUAUGCACCUUAGCCGGAGGAACAUGGGCGCUUAUAGUUCACAAGAGCUAUGCAACAGAAGUGUCUAUCUACGCUUUUUUGAUCGGCUAUUUCAUGUGUCGGAUAGCAUUGGCCUGGCAACAAGCAUGUGUUUCAGCUUAUUUUGUUGCUUAUGCCGAGAACCCACAAAGCCUUCGGUUUGAUGCAACGAUCCCAGUUCGCAUUGAAGAGCUUCAGAGACAUCAAGUUUAACAGUCUGUGGACCUGGGCAAUUCAGUAAAGGAUUCAUCAUCAAGACUACAGAAACUUUGACGCAAAAACACCCAUCUUAUGGUAAAUCUUACAAUUUUGGCUAGCCUGUUUAGUUGCUAGAAUUCCACCUCUUCUCUGUAAAUUCCCAUACAAUUUCAGUAGCAAGUUUGUAGCAUCUUUGAAAAUAAUGGACUACAUUUCAAAUGGAAUAUUUCUCAUUAUAAA